GGCGCCAAACUUAUUCAAAUUAUAAAUAACUGACUGGAGGAAAGGUUAAACACUUCAUUCCGUGUAAAAGGCAUCGUCACAAAGUUGUGAUUGGAUUGGCCAUUGUUGGAUAUGGCGUCCAUGUUUGACUUUACGGAGCACCCACACAGACGACAUAACCCUUUGACGAAUAGGAGUGUACUGGUUUCUCCUCACCGCGCACAGCGUCCUUGGCAAGGCCAAGUUGAACCCGCCUCAGAAGAAAAGAAACCUACUUAUGAUCCUAACUGCUAUCUGUGCCCAGGAAACAGCCGUGCUGGUGGAAAGCAAAACCCAAAGUAUGAAGAAACUUUUGUGUUUACAAACGACUUUGCUGCACUUCUUCCAGAUACACCCUCGUUUCAACAACAAGAUGAAAGUGAUCUAGCACUAUUAAAAGUAGAAGGUGUGAGAGGAACUUGCAGAGUUAUUUGCUUUUCACCUCGCCACGACUGGACUGUUGCAGAAAUGUCGGUGGACUCCCUGGUUGGCGUGGUUCGUACAUGGACGGAGCAGCACCGUCUGCUUGCAGAGGCAGACUACAUCAACCACAUUCAGAUCUUCGAAAACAAGGGUCAAGCUAUGGGUUGUAGCAAUCCACAUCCCCAUUGUCAAAUAUGGGCCACUGAGUUUGUCCCUACUGAGCCUGCAAUAGAGUUUGAAAAUAUGAGAGCGUACAAGCAGAAGAAACAUAGUAAUCUGCUGGUUGACUACUUGGCUUUGGAGUUGAAAGCUCAAGAACGAAUUGUUUGUGAAAAUAGUCACUUUGUCGCACUGGUUCCGUUCUGGGCAGAGUGGCCUUUUGAAACUUUGGUACUACCUCGCAGGUGUUGUCGAAGUCUUCAAGAUUUGGACUCUAAUCAGCAACAAGCUUUAGCAGAUAUAUAUCGUAGAGUUACUUGCCGAUAUGAUAAUUUAUUCUCCUGCAGCUUUCCAUAUUCUAUGGGUUUGCGGCAACCUCCAACAGAUGGAAAGGAUAGCUAUGAAUAUUGUCAAUUGAAUAUGAGAUUUUAUCCUCCUUUGCUUCGCUCUGCAACAGUUCGAAAGUUUAUGGUUGGCUUUGAAAUGUUGGGAGAACCCCAAAGAGAUAUUACUCCUGAGCAAGCAGCAGGAAGACUAAGACAGUGUUCAGAAAUUCAUUAUAAACACCAAAAAUAAAGAUGUUCAAUUCUCUUUUAUUAGCUAG